CCGCCCAACAAGGGAAACGAACAAAGAAGGUAUGGGAAAUCUGAAGCAGCAGGUUAUUUCCCGCUUCUUCUCUCCCAAAUCGAAAGACCCAUCUCCCUCUUCAUCUUCUCCAUCAAUUCCUCAGUCCAAUCCACCAGCUCCUCCACCAAAAAUCUCUGCUACAGUCUCCUUUUCCCCCUCCAAACGUGCCCGAACCUUUGAACUCGCUUCAUCCAAAACCCCAGCAAAAUCUCCCACCCAAUACCCCAAAAAACCAAAACUUUCUCCCCACACAAAGAACCCCAUUCCUCCUCUGCCCAAUCCUUCUCUCCACCAAAAGUUCCUGCAGAAGCUCCUCGAACCCUCUAACUCUCCUCCUCCCGCCGCAAAAUCUCCUGCACCGAACCCUAAGUACACUCCUCUAGAGCAACAAGUCGUUGAUCUGAAAGCCAAAUAUCCUGACGUUCUUUUAAUGGUCGAAGUCGGAUACAAAUACAGGUUUUUUGGCGAAGACGCUGAUAUUGCAGCUAGGGUUUUGGGCAUUUAUGCCCACGUCGAUCACAAUUUCUUGACAGCAAGCAUUCCGACUUUCCGGUUGAAUGUUCACGUCAGGAGACUUGUUAGUGCCGGGUAUAAGGUUGGUGUAGUUAAACAAACCGAGACUGCAGCCAUUAAAGCUCAUGGGUCCAACCGGUUGGGGCCAUUCUGUAGAGGGCUUUCAGCCUUGUACACAAAGGCAACAAUUGAAGCAGCUGAGGAUCUCGGUGGAGGAGAAGAGGGCUGUGGCCCUUCUAGCAAUUAUCUGGCCUGUGUUGUUGAAAAAGGAGUUUUGAUUGAGAAUAGGGAGUGUGGUGUAGAGGGUGGGUUUGAUGUGAGAAUUGGGCUUAUUGCGGUGGAGACUUCAACGGGAGAUGUUGUGCAUGGGGAAUUCAAUGAUAAUGUAACGAGAACAGGUCUUGAGUCUGUAAUUUUGAGCUUAUCUCCUGCCGAGAUACUUCUUGGGGAACCUCUAUCUAAACAAACAGAGAAGUUAUUGCUGGCAUAUGCUGGCCCUACAUCCAAUGUUCGUGUUGAGCGUGCCUCAAGGGAGUGCUUUAAUGAUGGGGGUGCACUUGCUGAAGUGAUGUCUUUAUAUGAGAACGUGAGUGAGGACACUUUGGUUGACCAUCAAGAACAAAACUCAGAGUGCAAACAUCUUCUAGGAAUUGAGGGAAUUAUAAGCAUGCCAGAAUUGUCUGUCCAAGCAUUGGCCUUGGCAAUUCGUCAUCUAAAGCAAUUUGGUUUAGAAAGAAUUCUGUGCAUGGGUGCUUCAUUUCGGCCUUUCUCCACUGAAAUGGAGAUGACCCUCUCAGCUAAUGCCCUUCAACAAUUAGAGAUUUUAAGGAAUAACUCAGAUGGAUCUGAGAAUGGGUCUUUACUGCAGUUGAUGAAUCACACUGUUACUAUUUUUGGUUCAAGGCUUCUUAGACACUGGGUGACUCAUCCUUUACGUGAUAGGAGCUCAAUUUGUGCUCGUCUUGAUGCAGUCACUGAAAUUGCAAAAUCAAUGGGCUUCUCUGGUGAUUCCAAUGAGUCCUGUCUAACAGCACAAUCUGAAAUCAACUAUUUGCUUUCCACAGUUUUGACAACUUUAGGAAGGUCACCUGAUAUUCAGCGUGGAAUAACAAGAAUUUACCAUCGCACUGCCACUGCAUCUGAGUUCAUUUCAGUCAUUGAUGCUAUUUUACUUGCUGGAAAACAACUUCAGCAACUUCACAAUGAAGAUGGAGACAGUUCUGGAAUGGUGAAGGAGAAGAUUGUGCACUCACCUCUAUUGAGUAGAUUGAUUUUGACAGCCUCAUCAUCCACUAUUAUUGGUCAUGCUGCUAAACUCCUCUCUUCCUUGAACAAGGAUGCAGCUGAUCAAGGCGAUCUGCAAAACUUGUUUGUUAUUUCUGAUGGUCAGUUUCCAGAGGUUUCUAGAGCACGCAUAGCAGUUCAACUGGCAAAGGAGAAGUUGGAUUUGUUAAUUGGUAUAUACCGCAAACAGCUUGGAAUGUGCAAUUUGGAAUUCAUGAGUGUGUCUGGAUCUACACACUUAAUAGAGUUGCCAUUAGAUGUGAAGGUUCCAUUAAAUUGGGUUAAGGUCAAUAGUACAAAAAAAACAAUUCGUUAUCAUCCUCCUGAAGUCUUGACUGCUUUAGAUCAAUUGUCUCUAGCGAAGGAGGAGCUUGCUGUUGUCUGCCGAUCUAACUGGGAUAGUUUCUUGAUGGGAUUUGAUAAAUAUUAUCCUGAGUUUCAAGCUGCUGUUCAAGCACUUGCUGCUUUGGAUUGUCUGCAUUCUCUUGCCGUUCUUUCAAGGAAUAAGAAUUAUGUCUGUCCACUUUUUGUGGAUGGUGAUGAACCUGUUCAGAUACAUAUUCAUUCUGGUCGUCAUCCGGUUCUGGAGGCUACAUUACGGGACAAUUUUGUCCCAAAUGAUACCAACUUGCAUGCAGAUGGAGAAUACUGUCAAAUCAUCACAGGACCAAACAUGGGUGGCAAGAGUUGCUAUAUUCGUCAAGUUGCUCUCGUUACUAUAAUGGCUCAGGUUGGUUCGUAUGUACCAGCAUCAUCAGCAAAGUUGCAUGUGCUAGAUGGAAUCCACACCCGAAUGGGGGCAUCUGAUAGUAUUCAGCAAGGGAGGAGCACUUUCUUGGAAGAACUGAAUGAAACUUCACACAUCCUCCACAAUUGCUCCUCAAAUUCGCUGGUGAUAAUUGAUGAACUUGGGCGAGGUACAAGCACACAUGAUGGUGUCACCAUUGCUUAUGCAACUUUGCACUACCUUCUCAAGCAGAAAAAAUGCAUGAUCCUCUUUGUUACCCACUAUCCUAAAAUUGCUGAUAUCAAGGAUGAAUUCUCAGACUCUGUUGGGGCAUACCAUGUUUCUUAUUUGGCAUCACAGAAAACCAGCGUUUCAGACUUCAAAUCAGACCAGAGUGUUGGGAAUGUUGAUCAUGGGGACAUCACUUUCCUUUAUAAGGUUAUACCUGGCUUAUCAGACAAGAGUUUUGGACUUAAUGUUGCCCAACUUGCUCAGCUGCCACCUUCAUGCAUUUCUCGAGCUGCUGUCAUGGCUGCAAAAUUGGAAGCAGUGGUAAGUGUCCGGGUGGAAACCCGGUUGGCGCAAAAAUUGUCACCAGGAACAAAAUCUGUUCACGCAGAAAAUGAAGCAGAAGAGAUGCUGAAGCCCCGUGAUGGAAGUGGAUUUGCUGAUUUUUCCUUGAUGGAUGCAACAAAGGGCAUGCAAGUAUUAACUAAGAUGUAUUAUGACCUCUUUUUCAACUUGAAAUCUGCAUUGAGCAAUGCCGACCCUGUAAAGAGCUAUGAAUUUCUAAAGAACUGUAAAAGCGUUGCGUUGGAUAUAAUAAAUAGGAAUGCUAGUCCCUGAAAAAACGCCAGGGACAAAGGCAGAGGUGGUUAGGUACAAUUAGGCAUUACAGUGCUGAUAUUCAUCAAGGAAAUUGAACUGUCAUGUUCUUUUUCUCGAGUGAAACUGAAAGGAGAUACCCAAGUAUUAACAUAGCCACAAUGGGUAGCGGAGAAGAUAUCUGUAAUAUUUACAGGAUUACUGGCGAAAGGCCCCAAUGAUAUGAGAAAUCUUCACAAAGUUUUAUCGGAACUAAUAUUUGAAAGUUCA